UCAUUAUAUCAAUGCAUGUGGCCUCGCGUCUUCUUGAUGUGAUAUAUAUUAUUGGUUUUAUCAAGUUGGAGAUAUUAUACAUAGAUCAGUCGCUUGCUAAAGACUAUCGCCCAUGCUCUUGCAGGAAUUUCUUCUUAACCACACAUUGCGUCACCUUUUACUUUAAACUGUUUACCCAAUUUUCAGAUAAAAUAUGUUGCAAGCUACCCUCUUUAGAGCUUGAUAUAUACAGGUGUUUGAAUCGAAUACCAACAGAACGACGACAAGGAAAUAAGAGAGGCUGAUCCGAUAGUUGUGCAUUUACACGUGGUAUGGUAAACAAUUGUUCCUCUUCGAACAGCUUAGGGUAAAAUAGGAGUAGUACCAGAGGGAUCACAUGUGAAGUUUCAAUAUUUAAGAAGUUUGAACCAUGAAUAAAACUGGUGAUGUGAGUGCUUCCUGGGCUUGUCCAAUCAUGCAUGUUUGAUGUUUAUUCCAUUGAACACCCGUGACUGGAAUCUCUCCACGCUUAUAUAUGGCGAGCUUCGUAAACUUCUUCUCAUAAGUACCCUUGUGUAGAAAAAUAGGACUGAGAGUUUAGAGAAUCAAAACAAAAUAUAAGAUGGGCCUAAGUUUGAGGCUUUCAGUUGUAAUUAUACUUGUUUUUGGCCUGAAGAUUCAGUGGUGCUGUGGUUCAAGGGCAAUCCUCACAUCUCUGGUUGCAUUUCCUUCUUCUUACGAAGACUCCAACAUCGUUGAUGUUAGAUCCAUGGAUGCCAAGGGUGAUGGAAUCACCGAUGAUACGAAGGCAUUUCUGGCAACGUGGCAAGCAGUCUGUGCCAAGGAAUCCUCUACACUACUCAUUCCGGCUGAUUGCCGCUUUCUUGUUGGCCCCAUUACUUUUUCUGGACCUUGCCAAUCAAACAUCGUCUUUAAGGUUGAUGGAAGUAUCAUUGCACCCACCAAUGCCCGAUCUUGGGCUUCGAAUUUGUUACAAUGGAUAAAUUUCUCUAAACUCAAUGGGAUUUCUAUCGUUGGUAGCGGAGUAAUAGAGGGACAGGGAUCAGCUUGGUGGAAGCUUUCAGAAUACAGUGAUGAGGAUGGUAGCACAAUGGGAAACAACUUACCAAGCGUCAGGCCCACGGCAUUGCGAUUCUACGGAAGCUAUGACGUGAGCGUGCAAGGCAUAACCAUACAAAACAGUCCCGAAUGUCAUCUCAAGUUCGACAGUUGCACUUCUGUUAAAGUCGUUGGCGUGACAAUCUCGUCCCCUGCAGAUAGCCCACACACAGACGGAAUUCAUCUCCAAAACUCUCGCGAUGUUGAAAUUCACCAUUCCUCAAUGGCAUGCGGAGAUGACUGUAUUUCGAUACAAACAGGGUGCUUUGGCAUCCGCAUUCACAAUAUAAACUGCGGCCCUGGUCAUGGUGUCAGUAUUGGAGGACUGGGAAAAGAUGGAACGAAGGCCUGUGUUUCCAAUGUCAGCAUUUAUGACAGUAACAUUAAAGAUACUUUAAAUGGUGUUCGAAUAAAAACAUGGCAGGGGGGAAUGGGAUCAGUAAAAGGCGUGUCAAUUUCCAACAUACAAGUUUCUAACGUGAGAGUGCCCAUAGAUAUUGAUCAAUAUUACUGUGAUCAGCAGUCGUGUCCCAAUCGAACGUCGGCAGUAUUUAUAACGGACGUGACAUAUGAGAAAAUAAUUGGCACAUACAUGGACAAACCACUUUAUUUAGCCUGUAGUAAUAAUAUUCCAUGUACUGAUUUGAAGCUGCUGAACAUUCAACUCCAGCCUGCUGUUGCAUAUCACAAGGAUCCCUUCUGCUGGAAUACCUACGGCCAACAAGAAUACACUGUUGACUGCCUGCUUUCGGGAAGGCCACUCAACGACCCUGCCCGCACUCAGGUCGGCGCAGAAGCAUGCUAAGUUUUGUAAAAUUCAGUUUAAAUAUCCAUACAAUCGUUGAGCAACUCUAGUGCUUGUAAAUUAACGCCUGUUUUUGGCGCUAAACAUAUUCUACAAUUUUGGGCCAAUCUUUAACUAUUUUGGGUGUCCAUGAGUUGACAUCAGGAUUAGAAAUAUGUUAUCAUGUCUCUUAAACACAGCCUCAUCAUUAGCUGACACACCAUAUGCAAUUGUUUAUCUUUUCAAAAAUUUGCAUGAAUUGCAAUUGUUGAAUGAAUUGAGAAACUCUAUUUUCAUGCAUGAAU